AGAAUAUAAUUCAGACAAGCCUAUCUUUAUUAGAUAGUGACAGGAGGCUCGGAUUGUACAUGUUGCCAAAAAGCCAUUAAAGACUGGAAGCUUUAAAACAAUAUCAGGAAUCAACCGUGGCUUGCUGAAAAUUAUCAUGCUCAGUACCAUAUAUGUUAGGUUCUAUCCAGGGUAAUAAAGAUGAAUAUGAUGCUGUUAAGAAAGUUUCCAAUCUGCUUAUCCCGUCCUAUAACCAUAAAUAGGUUAUGCCUACAGUUCUUCCAUGGCAGUUGGGACUCCUGUUCUCAUAAAUAUGAUCAAAGUCACAAGGCCUCUUUCUCUAACAUCAAGUUUGGGCACUUAACCAUUAAUAAUUUGCUGAACAGAAAAACUAGAGUAUCCUGCUCCACAUACAUUAAUGAAAGGAGGAGACACCUGAGUUUUUCUGCUGCUGCCAUUGUGGGUUCAAUGCCAAAAAACGUCCAGCCUUAUCUCAAACUUAUGAGGCUAGACAAACCCAUAGGAACCUGGUUGUUGUACUUGCCAUGCACCUGGAGUAUUAGUUUAGCAGCAGAACCAGGUAGCUUCCCAGACUUACAUAUGUUAGCUUUGUUUGGCACUGGAGCAGUUCUGAUGCGUGGUGCUGGCUGUACUAUAAAUGAUAUGUGGGACAAAGACUUUGACAAGAAGGUUCAAAGGACUGCAAGUCGGCCUAUUGCUGCUGGUGACAUAUCUCAGUUCCAGUCUUUGGUUUUUCUUGGGGGACAGCUUAGUUUGGCACUGAGUGUGCUCUUAAGUCUAAAUUAUUAUAGUAUUGCCCUUGGAGCUGCUUCCCUAUCAUUGGUGGUUAGCUAUCCAUUGAUGAAGAGGAUAACAUAUUGGCCACAACUUGUUUUAGGUAUGACUUUUAACUGGGGGUGUUUGCUUGGGUGGUCUGCAGUCAAAGGAUCCUGUGACUGGUCAGUCUGCUUGCCAUUGUAUGUUUCUGGAAUUAUGUGGACUCUAAUUUAUGAUACCAUCUAUGCACAUCAGGACAAAAAAGAUGAUGUUCUUGUUGGAGUCAAGUCAACUGCACUGAGAUUUAAUGAGCAGACAAAACAGUGGCUGAGUGGCUUCACUGUGGCAAUGAUGACAGGACUAACAGUGACAGGAAUGAGCUGUGACCAGACGUUCCCCUAUUACAUAGCUGUUGCUCUCAUUGGAGCUCAACUCACACAUCAGAUCUAUACUCUGGAUAUUAACAGUGCUGAAGAUUGCUGGAAAAAGUUUAGCUCAAAUCGGAAUGUGGGAAUUUUGCUUUUCAUUGGUAUUGUGCUUGGAAAUCUGUGGAAAAGCCAAGACGCUAGCACAAAAGAAAGUUCCUAAACAAAUUCCUGACCAUUGAUAUUGCAUGUAUGGGGUCCAAUGGAUGAUACAAUUUUCUCCAAAAUGCUUUGGUUUUUACUACGUAACAUGUCUGACCAUCAAUGGGACAAAAUGCAAGAGUCAGGGGCACUUCUUAAAGCUUGACGAGUCACCCCUAGGCAUCCAGAGACCAGUCGGGUGAGAGGCUUUUAACUAAUGAGCAACUAUGCUGGAAGCACUAUGACAAUGUUGACUUAAAAUGGUGUUCAGCAGAGAGCAGUUUUUUCUCUUGGGUUUUCUUUCUUUUAAUUUAAUGUAUUUGCAGACUUGGACAUUUUUUGCAGGACUGCAAGAUAGUUAUAUACAUAUACCAAUCCAAGGAACACUCAGGGGACUUCAGCAUUUUUUAUUUAGAGUCAGCUGAUUUUAUUGUCUUUGUCUUAAUUUAUUUUUUUGUUUUUUUAUUUGUUUUUUCAUUCUAAAAAAACAGCAUCCUAGACAAGGGUUAGUUUAUCAAGUCCAAGGCAUGU